GUUGAUGUUAGUACACUGUUUCUGUAUCUGAUCAUAAGACAACGAGGUACAAGAUGUCGGACGAAGAGGAACAGGACAUCGAUGAUGUAUUGGAGGAAGAUGAGGGAGAGCUAAUUGACUGGCAGUUACCCCUAUGUUUCAUGAAAACACGUCAUAAAGAAAGGAUCGACGGGAUCAAGUGUUUACCCCAGUCAUGGCGAAUGAAAGAACGAAUGAAAACCGUUAGCGUUGCUUUGGUUUUAUGUCUCAAUAUUGGAGUUGACCCGCCAGACGUUGUGAAAACAGAUCCUUGUGCCAGACUGGAGUGUUGGAUUGAUCCAUUUUCUCUGAAUUCUCAAAAAGCUUUAGAAACAAUUGGAAAUAGUUUACAGCAGCAAUAUGAAAGAUGGCAACCCAGGGCUAGAUACAAGCUCAGCCUUGAUCCUACAGUAGAAGAUGUGAAGAAGCUUUGUACAUCAUUAAGGAGAAAUGCAAAGGAAGAAAGGGUGUUGUUUCAUUACAAUGGUCAUGGUGUUCCAAGGCCAACACAAAAUGGUGAAAUUUGGGUAUUUAACAAGUCAUAUACACAAUAUAUCCCACUGUCGAUAUACGAUCUCCAAACCUGGAUGGGAAGCCCAUCAAUAUAUGUUUACGACUGCUCUAAUGCAGGUCUGAUUUUGGAAUCAUUCAAGCAGUUUGCUGCGCAAAGAGAGAAAGAAUACGAGCAUUACCUUGGCCAAGGAACAUCUAUCCCGGCUCCUCCGCCUGUCAGGAACUGCAUCCAGCUAGCUGCCUGUCAGUCAAACGAGUUGUUACCGAUGCUGCCCCAAUUGCCUGCGGACCUUUUUACAGCGUGCCUGACAACGCCAAUCAAAGUUGGUCUAAGAUGGUUUGUUAGCCAAAGAAGUAGUGAUCUAGUUCCAGGAAUGACGUUAGAAUUGAUAGAAAAAAUACCAGGACAAUUGAAUGACCGAAGAACGCCUCUAGGCGAGUUAAACUGGAUAUUCACAGCAGUCACUGAUACAAUAGCAUGGAAUACUUUGCCUAGAGAAGUGUUCCAGAAGCUUUUUCGUCAAGAUCUUCUCGUGGCCAGUUUGUUUCGAAACUUCCUCCUGGCUGAACGUGUGAUGAGAUCGUACAAAUGCACGCCUUUGUCUAGUCCAAAACUACCUCCUACAUAUCAUCACCAUAUGUGGCAAGCGUGGGAUUUCGCUGUGGACCAAUGUCUGACUCAGUUGCCUGUAAUCACAAAGGAUGAAUCAAAAUAUCACAAUAGCUCAUUUUUCUCCGAGCAACUGACAGCCUUCCAAGUGUGGCUUGCUAUGGGUUGCGAGGAACGCGAUCCUCCUGAGCAGCUACCGAUAGUAUUGCAAGUGCUGCUUAGUCCAGUUCAUCGACUUAGAGCCCUUGAUCUGUUAGGCAGAUUUCUAGAUCUUGGACCAUGGGCAGUGAGUCUUGCUCUGUCUGUUGGCAUUUUCCCGUACGUGUUGAAGUUACUUCAAGGGUCAAGCAGGGAAAUUCGUCCUCUUAUGGUUUUCAUUUGGGCAAAGAUACUGGCAGUUGACAGUACAUGUCAAGCCGAUCUAGUCAAAGAUGGAGGACAUAACUAUUUUUUGUCUGUUCUUGCCGAUCCUUACAUGCCAGCGGAGCAUCGGACAAUGGCAGCUUUUGUAAUUGCAAGAAUCAUCCACGACUACCCUUCAGGACAGGAUAGCUGCUGCAAGGGAAACAUGAUUGCACUUUGCCUAGAACAACUCAAUGAUCCUCAUCCCAUGUUACGCCAGUGGCUUGCCAUUUGUUUGGGCUUGAUAUGGACUAAUUAUGACGCGGCAAGGUGGUGUGGAGUCAGAGACAGUGCGCCGGAAAAGUUAACCAAACUUCUAACUGACCCAUUACCAGAGGUUCGAGCGUCUGCAGUUUUUGCACUGGGAAGAUUGAUAGCCAACACUGGUGAUAGGUCAGACCAUGCUAAUAUGGUAGAUCAUGGAACAGCAACCACAUUAGCGUCAGUUGUAGGCCAAGAUGGAAGUCCUUUGGUUAGAAAGGAGCUAGUCGUUGCUUUUCAUGGACAAAUCAUUCAGUUUGAAAAUAACUUCGGAGCAGUUGCUAUACAAUUCCUGGAAGAGGACAAGAAAAGAGAGCUCUUGGGAAGUCAGCGAGAUUCAAACAACAAAGGCUGGAUUUUGGUUGGUCAAGGCUCAUCAUCAAAGGAAGCAUUUAUGGCUAGCACGGAUAGUCAUACCCUUAAAAGGCAUCCGGGACAAACUCACUCUAGCCAGUCCAAUUUAUUAAGCAGUGGGAACUUUGGGCAGUCGGGACAGCAAGGUCAAGCUAAAGGAUUGAUGAGCUACAAUAGCACAAACAGUUUGGCAUCAUUGGACAGCCAAUCAAACGAGAUUUGGAUCAAAGGACCAAUCAGAAGAGCUUCGUCAACUAUGUCAUUUUCAUCUCUUCACGAAAAUGUGUAUACUAGAGUAUGGAAGACGAUGUUGAAUCUGUCGGUUGAUCCAUGCCCUGAUGUUGCAAUGAUGGCGCAAAAAGUCGUGAACAAUAUAACCGUGAAGGCCACAAUGUCAGCCAAAGGACUGCAGCUGCCUUUUCGGUCGCAGCCCUCCUCCCCAGUCACUGAUCCUCAUUAUCUCCACAAGAAGCCCUCAACCCACUCAGCAGUGAUGGAUCGAGAAUACGGUACACCGAAAUCGAAAAGCUUUUACAUCCAACCUUCAACACCGGAUAAUCGUCGGCAGUCACGUGGUAUGGGGUCCCCGCCCCAUACUCCGCAUACGUUAGAAUUUUCAACGAAAAGGAGGAUGUUCGACAAAGGCCCAGAUGUUGCUCAAGCAGUAGCUCCUGAUAUGGACUCAGACGGAGAGGAAGACGAAGGAAUUUCGCCAAAGCCUUCACUUGUGUCAACAAGAUUAUACGAAUGGUUUUGCAGUUACUUCGCACAGUCAGUAAUGAAGCCUCUAGAUGAUUUAGACCAAAAUAGCAGCCAACACAUACAGAGAGAGUGGAGGUUUCUUAGGAACACACGAGUGAGGCAAGAGUCCUCUAGAUACUUUCAUUCUGUCAGCAAGCUUGAUGACCAAAUCUUUAUCAAUAAAAAUGUGCAGCCGCCGACAUUCAUUAGGUUCCAUCCUUAUGAACCGCACUUCGUCGCAACUGACAGGGGUGGAGUAAGUAUUUGGAAUUAUGAAUCCGGCGUUCGAAUGAACUACUUUGAUAAUGGAAAUCCGAAAACUUCCAGGAUAACCUCAUUAGAUAUUCUUAAUGCUCACGAUCUGUCAUUAUUGCUGACAGCAUCAGAUGAUGGGGCGAUUCGUGUUUGGAGAAAUUAUGUGGGAAAUGAGGGUAGUAGAUUAGAAUUGGUAACUGCAUGGCAAGCCUUAUCAGGGAUGAUUCCAUCAACUCGAGGUGCUGGGGCUGGAUUGGUAACCAGUUGGGAACAGCAGUCAGGAACUUUGUUAGCUUCGGGUGAUGUUCGCCUAAUAAGAGUUUGGGAUACUCACAGAGAGAUGAAAUUACAGGAUAUACCAACUGGUGCAGACAGCUGCGUCACCAGCAUUGCGUGUGAUUCUGUCGGCAGAUCUUUGUUGGUAGCUGGCCUAGGGGAUGGAUCUGUCAGAAUUUAUGAUCGAAGACUUCCACCCUCUGAUUGCUGCGUCAUUACAUUGCGAGAGCAUCUUGGAUAUAUUGUCAAAGUAUUUUUACAAAAAGGAACAGAAGGAAAUAUCAUAAGUGGAAGUUUGGAUGGUGACAUUAAACUUUGGGACCCAAGAUCAUCACAGUCUUUACAAACUCUAACAAACACAGUUCCAAAUAUGGCAUCAUUUGAUGUGCAUCCGCAAGUGGAGCUCUUUUCAGUAGGAUCAGCAAAUCAAAUUAUCAAAGUUUUUGAUAUGAAUGGACAUAAUAUUAGUACAAUUCGGUACCAUGAUGGAUUCAUGGGACAAAGGAUUGGACCCAUUAGCUGCUUAGCAUUCCAUCCAUAUUGGCCAUAUUUAGCAGCCGGGAGCACAGACUCGUUUCUCUCUGUAUAUUCCUCUGAAAAGUCAGUAAAUCUUCGAUUUGAUCAAAUAGGCCUUUAAGAACAUAAUUUGACAAUAGAUAUAUUUUUAUUUCCAUUUUAAGCUUCUAAAGCUCCUUGUUUUUGCAUGAAAGGAGUUUCUUUGGUGAUGAGAAUAUCAAUUAAGGUUGACCUAAUUGCUCUCCUAGAGGGAUCAUAUUCUUUGGGAUAGCGAAGUGGUUUUCCAGCUUGUAAAUGGUGUGGUAAAUGUUAUGGAAAUCAUGAAAUCUUGGAAUAUUUCUAUUCAUAUAACUAAAUCAAAAAAAGACAAUUCAAUGAUAAAGCUGUCAAUUAUAUUAACAGUUAGUUAUUCAAAAUUUUUCAGUCUGUUGUCAAUUUGUGCCAGUUAUGAUUCAAUCCCAGGAUAAAACAGUGAUAUAACAAUCCUCUAUCAUUUCCUAAUAACCAAAGGCAUCAAAUUGUGAUAAAAGGAGAGGCUAUACCCAAACGACCCAAAUAUGCUGAAUCCUGAUUUUCAUGCUGCAAUGCUAUUGGUGUGCACUGAUCACAUGAAUUUAACUCAUGUUGAUUUACAAAACAGCCUCCACAAUAGCAAGCUUUCAACAAAGGAUGCCAAUAUCACACGAAACUACAGCAUCCACACUGAAAUAUAUAUUACCCUCUACAGAGAAGGCAUAUUUACCACGGUUCAAUGCUGUUAACAUACUAAAAUAAAAAACUGUGGCAGAAAUGCUUACAACCUCUGGGAGAGCAUAAAUAAAUUGAUGACUUGAUAUCUUAGGUUUAUAUUUAGAUUUAACUUGUAAAUAUUGUAUUUGAUGACGAUUGUGUUUUACUUGUAUCAAAGUAGUUCCCUAUUUGUAACUUGAGUUUCAGACUUGUUUGUCUGGUUGUGUAAAGCAGUAUUCUGAGUGCAAAAUUUAUUUCAAGUAGGUAAUGUUGUGGCAACUGUUACUAUUUCUUAUCACAUUUAAUCCUAUCAAAUUAUAUACUAUCACUUAUAAAUACAUUUGAUAUAUGCUCUCAAUAACUUAUUAUCCUUAUUUAUACACAUUUUUAUACUUUUCACAAAACCCUUCUGAAAUCUGACAGCAUUUCUUGUAUAAUCUUAAAAGGUUAUCGUAAAUAAUGUCCCCAGAUGUAUUUCCACUUAAUAGGAUGGAUAUUCCCUUUUAAAUUGAUUUCACCAGCUCUCUGCAAUUUCUCAUCCCGAAAGAUGUGAUUUUGUGUUUUAUGUCCCAGCCAUUGUUUAUUUUCAUUUUCGAAUUGAUUGAUUGUUCACAACAGUUUGAUACUUACAAAUAUUUUAAUAGAAAACUGGAUGUUUUGUAAAUUACUAUUUCAAAUUAAUCUCAUCGGACAAAA